AUGAAAGAACAUUUUUACUUUCCAUCUGUUUACAAAAACAUAAAAAAAGUAAAGUUGGGAAUUUGUAAUGUUUUCAGUACCAACCUUUAUUUUGCUUGUGCUAAUUUACUUUAAUUUGGAUACCCAUGCUUCGCAAUCAUCUGAUGGCGUAGAUGAUGUUAGCACUUUGGUUUUCACGAAUGUUUUGUUUAGACAUGGAGAUCGUAUUCCUGAUGAGUCAACAGUGUAUCCAAAUAGCCCAUAUACAAGUUCUUCAUUCGCUCCCUAUAAUUAUGGCGAUUUGACUAUUAAAGGCCAAGCUCGCAUGUUUAACGUGGGACGUAAAUUAAGGCAUCGCUAUAAUGACUUUCUUGGUGACACAUACUUUAGUAACCUGAUUAGCUCAUCAGCAUCAAACUAUUUUAGAACUCAGAUGUCCUUACAGGCUCUGCAUGCAGGGCUUUUUAAAACGAAUACACAAAAUCCCAUUCCUGGCUUCUUCUGGCAAGCUAUACCAUAUUCUAUUUACGAACAACAAGACCAUCUUAUAGCUGUAUGGCGUACAUACCCACAAUUAUUCUACAACGUUACCUUUCCACAACCUGACGAUGCUACUCAAGAAAUAUUUGAUUACCUCCAAAUGAACUCUGGGUACUCUAAGGUAUCCUAUCUGGAAGCAUUGCAGAUUUCGGACUAUACAAAAACAUCAACAGAAAAUGGAUUACCGCUUCCUGCAUGGCUCAGACCUAUCUAUCCAAACCCUCUUUCUCAGAUGACUACUCAAACAUUUGGUGUUAUGGCAAAGGAAUAUGUCAACCUUGGAUGUGGAUUCCUCUUGAAAAGAUUACUGAAGAUGCACUAAAAAAAUCAACUGGCUCUUUAUUACCUAUCACCAGAAAAAUCAUGUUGUAUUCCGGACACGAUAUGAAUAUUCAUUACAUGUUGACUGCAUUUAAUUUAUGGUCAGCGGAAGCAGUAGAAUAUGGCGCCUACCUACUAUUUGAAUU